UUUGACCGGCUCAACAACUCCUUGAACAUUCAUGCCAGCACUGAUUCACACUGCUGCUAUAGCAGUACAUUGAUAUCAAGCACUACCCCAAUUCCCUAUCAAUCACCUUGCAUAAUCGAUAUGGCAGGGAUGUCACUUACUCCAAAUUGAUAACAUUACUCCAACUGAGGAGAUAGUGAGCCGUUUGUUAUCGCGACCUCCAUCAUUAAGUAUGAGUGAAGCCAUCAAUCACUACCGAAUCGGACAGGGCUAUCAUCAAGGAUGAUCAAUUAUUGCAAGAUAUACCAUGCCAGCCCUGCAGCUUCCUGCAGCUUGAUCCCGCACUCUUCAUGCUCGUAUAAGAAUGAUCGACCCCCCACCGCAUUGAAAGGGGCGUUCCCCCCCCUUGUUGUUCACAUCAGUUGAGAUUCAACCACGAUGACAAACGAGGGCAAAGACAUCAAAAUUUCACCAGCGAUGCCUGGUGAAGACAUUGCCGUCGCAGACACCGAGCACAUAAAAUCCAAUAAUGACGGGCUUGAAGAAGUCUUCCAACAAAGCGAAGGCCAAGUAGACUUUCGGACCGUGAGCUGGAUACGGGCAUCAGCCAUUUUUCUGAAGAUGCUCUUCGCGACCGGCAUCCUCUCGAUUCCCUCGGUCAUGUACGACCUAGGCGCCGUCCCCGGGGCCCUCAACGUGCUCGGCUGGUGCGCUCUCAACACGUACGGCGCCCUCGUGCUCGGUGAUUUCCGAGAACGCUAUCCACAAUGCCACACGGUCGCCGACAUGGCGCAGUUGAUGGGGGGUCCGAUCUUCCGAGAGGUGGUAGGGUUCUUGUUCGUCAUGACCUAUGUGAUUACGGCAGCCUCAGGGGUGAUCGGGGUAUCGGCGGCCUUCAACGCGCUGUCACUGCACUCGCUGUGCACGGUGUGGUUCUCUGUAAUUGCCACCGUCAUCAUCGCCCUCUGUGCUAGUGUGCGGAAGUUCUCCCACAUCGGGUGGUUGACCUGGGUCGGGUUUUUCAGUAUCCUCGCCGCGGUAUUCAUCAUCGUUAUUGGAGUAACCACCCUCGACCGACCGUCAGCGGCGCCUCAGGAAGGCCCCUUCGACCUGGGUUACCACCUAGUCGGCCACCCGACCUUCGCCGCCGGCAUAACCGCCUCAUCGACCAUCUUCGUCUCCUCAUCGGCGACCUCAGCAUUUCUCCCCGUCAUCGCGGAGAUGCGCCCGCCCACCGCCCGGGCCUACCGGAAAGCCGUCGCUCUGUGCAUGAGCUUCGUCACCGCCAGCUACCUGACCUUCAGCCUGGUCCUGUAUCACUACUGUGGGAAAUGGGUCGCCUCGCCGGCGCUGGGCAGUGCAGGUCCCGUCCUCAAGCGGGUGGCGUAUGGCAUCGCUCUUCCGGGAUUGCUGGUCAGCGGAGCACUGUACGUCCACGUCGCGGCUAAGUAUCUCUUCGUCCGGGUGCUGCGCGGCUCCCCGCAGCGAAGACGGCACCUCCAGGCUAACACCCCUGUGCACUGGGGUACGUGGUUAGCAUGCGUUGUGGGCAUGGCGGCCAUAGCGUGGGUACUGGCUAGUGCCAUUCCGGUAUUCACAUAUGUGUUAGCUUUGGUCGGGGCGUUAGGGUUCGCGCCAUUGGCAAUCAGUUUGCCCGGGAUCUGUUGGUUGUAUGUGAAUGUUUACCAUGGUCGAGGGGACUGGGACGAGGAGGAUGGGCAAUCGUGGCACAAGAGGUGGACGAGAGUGGUCUUGAUUGCAGUGCAUGUUGGAUUGGUGCUGCUGGGGCUGUUCAUGAUGGUCGGGGGAACAUAUGGUGUUGUGGUACAGAUUCAGGAGGCGUAUAGAGAUGGAAGCGUGGAUGGCGUGUUUUCUUGCGCGGAUAACAGUGGGACGGUGUCCUGACCAGUUGUUAUAUGUGUAUAUCAGAG